UUAAGUGCUUUUUCAAAUUCUGUCAUUGUCAUUAGCAUAUAGAUAUUAGUAUUGUCAAUAUUUAUUUCCACAUAAUUGCUGUUGUCAAGAGAAGAAAAGCAAAUUAAUUAAUUCUUCAAAAACAUUUCAGUGCAGAAUUUAGAAAAAAUGGUAUAUAUUGCUAGAGAUGGAACCGUUUGUGAAAACCCCCCUUGGGGCAUCGAUAGAAUAGGUCAAUUAUUUUCUGGACUUAUCAAUUUUGUUGUCCUUUUUUUUCAAACACUAGUUGGAUUAGACACUUCACAAAAAUCUACACAAAAAUCUGGAGGUAGUUCAUUCAGAAGUGGCGGAGGAGGAGGUGGUGGUGGUGGAGGAGGUAGACCAUUUGGACCUGGCGGUGGUGGUGGAAGUGGACCAAAAAAAUUCAUGACUCUGAGAGAUGUUAAUCCCCCAACAGUUGGAGGUUGUCCUGGAGGUGCAUGCGGUAGAUGAAAUUAUACUGCAUUCAUUAAAAUUUAUUUCUGGAAAUUGUUUUUAUAAUAUUAUAUGUAAUAUAUGGUGUUAGCAAUUAAUUGCAUUGAAUAUCAUUAUUCCAAUUUUGAGUUUAUUAUCUAAAUAAUCUGUUACCUAUAAUUUCGAAUUAUAUAUUUAUCAAGUUAUAUAUGUGAAUAAAAAAAAUUUUUGAAUCUU